GAGAGAGAGGCCAACAAAACAAUCUAAUUUCGCUCGCUUCUUUAGAUCUGUUUCCUCGUCCUCUUUGGCUAAGAAGCUAAACCAUGGCUUCUCACUGGAAGCUACUUGUGAUCUGCACCCUUUCUUGCUUCUAUGCUCUUGCGCAAUCGAAAACCCUUAAGCGAGAUGUGAAAGCCUUAAAUGAGAUCAAAGCCUCCCUCGGAUGGAGAGUUGUCUACUCGUGGGUCGGAGAUGAUCCCUGCGGAGAUGGUGACCUCCCGCCAUGGUCUGGUGUCACAUGUUCAACCCAAGGUGACUAUAGGGUUGUCACCGAGCUAGAAGUUUAUGCGGUUUCAAUCGUUGGGCCGUUUCCCAUAGCAGUAACAAAUCUUUUAGAUUUGACGAGGCUGGAUCUCCAUAACAACAAGCUGACUGGUCCAAUUCCUCCACAAAUUGGACGGCUGAAACGGCUUAAAGUAUUAAACUUGAGGUGGAAUAAACUACAAGAUGUAAUUCCUCCGGAAAUUGGAGAGCUGAAGAGGUUAACGCAUUUGUAUUUGAGCUUCAAUAACUUCAAGGGAGAAAUUCCAAAGGAGCUUGCUAACUUACCAGAACUCCGAUAUCUAUAUAUUCAAGAAAACCGUCUCAGUGGCAGAAUUCCUCCGGAACUUGGGACUUUGCAAAACCUCCGGCACCUAGAUGUCGGUAAUAACCAUUUGGUGGGUACUAUACGGGAACUCAUCCGAUUUGAAGGAAGCUUCCCAUCUCUACGCAACUUGUACCUGAAUAAUAACUAUUUGAGUGGAGGGAUCCCGGCACAACUAGCCAAUCUGACAAACUUGGAGAUCGUGUACCUGUCUUACAACAAGUUUAUCGGCAACAUACCAUAUGCAGUUGCCCAUAUUUCUAAACUGACGUACCUGUAUCUUGAUCACAACCAAUUCUCAGGGAGAAUCCCAGAAGCGUUCUACAAGCAUCCAUUCCUCAAAGAAAUGUAUAUAGAAGGCAACAUGUUCAAACCAGGCGUGAACCCUAUCGGCGCCCACAAAGUUCUAGAAGUUUCCGAUGCGGAUUUUGUCGUAUAGUGAAUGUGACCAAGCUCCUAUCCUUUUGGAAGUCCAACAAGAUUUUGGAAUUGUUCUAGCAGCUAGAAAUGUAUCAGAACUACCUAGGAAUGGUUACACUACUCCCCCCCCCUGUUGCAGUGUUCUUUUGGAUGAUGUCUUAAAUCUUAAUGCUGAUCUUUGCAAUGGAAGAAAGCACACAGAUUCACAAAGUU